GGUAAAUUUUUCAAGUGCAGGGCGUAGAUUGCUCAGGAAUUUGCGUUUUUUCUUUGUAGGGCGAGCAGCACACUCUUGCUUGAGCCGUUGAAAGUUGAAGAUCGACGACUUGGAGAGAUGGCCCAGGAAAAGAUUACCCUGGCGGAUGCGCUGUCCAACGUGGAGGUGCUGGACGAGUUGCCGCUGCCGGACGAGCAGCCGUGCAUCGAGGCGCAGCCCUGCUCGGUGGUUUACCAGGCCAAUUUUGACACGAAUUUUGAGGACCGGAACGGGUUUGUGACGGGGAUUGCCAAGUACAUUGAGGAAGCGACGACGCAUGCGAAUUUGAAUCAACUGCUAGACGAGGGGCAGAAGCAUGCCGUUAUGCUGUACACGUGGCGGUGCUGCUCGCGAGCGAUUCCGCAGCCCAAGUCGAACGAGCAGCCGAAUCGCGUUGAAAUCUACGAGAAGACUGUGGAGGUGCUGGCGCCGGAGGUCAACAAGCUUCUCAAUUUUAUGUACUUCCAGCGGAAGGCCAUCGAGGCGUUUUCCGGGGAGGUGAAGCGGUUGUGUCACGCGGAAAAGCGCAAGGAUUUCGUGUCCGAGGCGUACCUGCUGACGCUGGGCAAGUUCAUCAACAUGUUUGCCGUGCUGGACGAGCUGAAGAACAUGAAGUCGUCGGUUAAGAACGACUACAGCACGUACCGGCGGGCGGCUCAGUUCUUGAAGGUGAUGAGUGACUCGCACACGCUGCAGGAGUCGCAGAACUUGUCCAUGUUUUUGGCGACGCAGAACAAGAUUCGGGACACCGUUAAGGACACGCUGGAGAAGAUCUCCGGCUACGAGGAGCUGCUGUCUGACGUGGUCAACAUCUGUGUGCACAUGUACGAGUCGAAGAUGUACAUGACGCCAGAGGAGAAGCACAUGCUGGUCAAGGUGAUGGGCUUUGGGUUGUUCCUGAUGGACUCGGAGAUCUGCAACAUCAACAAGCUGGACACCAAGAAGAAACUCCGGCUGGAUCGGAUCGAUCGAAUCUUCAAGAACCUGGAGGUCGUCCCGCUCUUCGGAGACAUGCAAAUCGCCCCAUUCAACUACAUCAAGCGUAGCAAGCACUUCGAUCCCAGCAAGUGGCCACUCUCCAGCUCCCAAGCCAUCAGCCCCCAAGCAGACCUGAUGGUGCACCUCCCAACGAUCCGCGAAGACCACGUCAAGUACAUCUCGGAGCUCUCCCGCUACAGCAACGAAGUCACCACCACCUACAAAGACAACGCGACCGACGCCGAAAACAAAGCGACCGCCGACCUCGCCCUCCGAGGUCUCCAACUCCUCUCCGAGUGGACCUCCGUCGUCACCGAACUCUACUCCUGGAAGCUGCUCCACCCAACCGACCACCACCAAAACAAAGAAUGCCCCGUCGAAGCGGAAGAGUACGAACGCGCCACCCGCUACAACUACUCCGACGACGAAAAGUUCGCCCUCAUCGAGGUCAUCGCCAUGAUCAAAGGCCUGCAAGUCCUCAUGGCCCGCAUCGAAACCGUACUCUGCGAAGCGAUCCGUCGCAGCAUCUACGCCGAACUUCAAGACUUCGUACAACUCAUGUUGCGCGAACCCCUCCGCAAAGCCGUCAAAAACAAAAAAGACCUCAUCCGGUCGAUCAUCAUGUCGGUGCGGGAAACGUGCGCCGACUGGCAGAAGGGCACCGAACCCGGCCACGACCCAGCCCUCAAGGGCAAAAAAGACCCCGACGGGGGCUUCCAGAUCGCCGUGCCGCGGCUGAACGUGGGUCCCUCGUCGACGCAGUUGUACAUGGUGCGCACGAUGCUGGAGUCGCUGAUUGCGGACAAGUCGGGCGGGAAGCGAACGCUGCGGAAAGAUAUCGACGGGUCGUGCCUGCUGCAGAUUGAUGCGUUCCACAAGCUGUCGUUCUAUUGGACGUUUUUGCUGAGCUUUAGCGAGACGCUGCAAAAGUGCUGCGAUUUGUCGCAGCUGUGGUAUCGGGAGUUUUACCUGGAGAUGACGAUGGGCAGGAAGGUUAAUAAAUGCCUCGUCCGGCACCAGCACAACGAGGAGUGCAACGAUCUGAUCACGAUGGAGAAGCGCAUCCAGUUCCCGAUCGAGAUGUCGAUGCCGUGGAUCCUGACCGAUCACAUCCUGCGCACGAAGGAACCGUCGAUGAUGGAGUACGUGCUGUACCCGCUGGAUCUGUACAACGAUUCGGCGCUGUACGCGCUGACGAUCUUCCGGAAGCAGUUUCUGUACGAUGAGGUGGAGGCGGAGGUCAAUUUGUGCUUUGAUCAGUUUGUGUACAAGCUGAGUGAGCAGGUGUUUGCGCACUACAAGCAGUUGGCGGGGAGUAUCUAUUUGGAUAAGCGGUUCCGGGUGGAGUGCGAGGUGCUUGGGUUUAAUUUUCAGUCGUACCCGAAGAAUAAUCGGUAUGAGACGUUGCUGAAGCAGAGGCAUGUUCAGCUGUUGGGCAGGUCGAUCGAUUUGAACAAGUUGAUUACGCAGCGGAUUAAUGCGGAUAUGCAGAAGAGUUUGGAGUUGGCGAUUUGUCGGUUUGAGGCGAGCGAUAUUACUGGGGUUGUGGAGUUGGAGGCGCUGCUGGCGGUUAAUAAGUUGUGCCACAAGCUGCUGUCGCGGUUCUUGGCGUUGGACGACUUUGACGCGAUGCUGAAAGAGGCAAAUCAUAAUGUGUUGGCUCCGUACGGGAGGAUCACGUUGCACGUGUUUGUCGAGUUGAACUACGACUUUUUGUCCAACUAUUGCUACAACGCAGCGACCAACCGUUUCGUCCGGAACAAGUUGCAGAUUCCGUUUUCCGGAGCGAUUACCCGCGAGAAGGCUCCCGUCAUGUCGCACUACUAUCUGUGGGGAUCGAAGCCGUUGAACGCGGCCUUCUCGACCCAGUACGGCCAGUACACCGGAUUCGUCGGCUCCCCGCACUUCCACUCGAUCUGCCGCCUGCUCGGCUACCAAGGAAUCGCCGUCGUAAUGGAGAUCAUCCUCAAAGACAUCGUCAAACCGCUCAUCCAAGGCAACCUGCUCCAGUUCACCAAAACCCUUAUGUCCGCCAUGCCUAAGUCCUGCAAACUCCCGCGCUGCGACUACGGAUCCCCUGGCGUCCUUAGCUACUACCAAGCGCACCUCGUAGACAUCGUCCAGUACCCAGACGCCAAAACCGAACUCUUCCAGCUCUUCCGCGAAAUGGGCAACUCCCUUCUCUUCUGCCUCCUCAUCGAGCAAGCCCUCUCCCAAGAGGAAGUGUGCGACCUGUUGCACGCCGCCCCCUUCCAGAACAUCCUCCCACGCCCGUACUGCAAGGAAGGCGAAAAGCCGGAAACCAAGCAAAAACGACUCGAAACCAAGUAUUCGUCGCUGCAGAUCGUCCCGAACAUUGAGAAGCUUGGAACGGCCAAACAGGCGAUGAUCGCAAGGGAGGGAGAUCUACUGACGCGGGAGCGGCUCUGCUGUGGGUUGAGCAUUUUUGAGGUGAUCUUGGGAAGGGUCAAGUCAUUCCUGGACGAUCCGGUUUGGGCGGGGCCGCCGCCCGUCAACGGGGUCAUGCACAUUGACGAGUGUUCGGAGUUUCAUCGGUUGUGGUCGGCACUGCAGUUUGUGUACUGCAUUCCGGUGGCCGGGACGGAGUAUACCGUGGAGGAACUCUUCGGCGAAGGUCUCCACUGGGCCGGCUGCGCCAUCAUCGUGCUGCUGAACCAGCAGCGCAAGUUCGAGGCGCUCGACUUUUGCUAUCACAUUCUGCGCGUGCAGCGCGUCGACGGCAAGGACGACACCGUCAAGGGAAUCAACCUAAAACGCAUGGUCGACCGCAUUCGGCGCUUCCAGGUGCUCAACUCGCAGAUCUUCGCCAUCCUGAACAAGUAUCUGAAGAGCAACGACGUCGAGGGCUCGAACGUGGAGCACGUGCGCUGUUUCCCGCCGCCACCGCAUCCGACGGUCGUCCCCUCCCACUACCACGAUCCAAACAAGCUGCGGGCGCAGUAAAUGAUUCCGAACCUUUUUACCCCUAUUUGUCUAGCUGCAACUUUUAGUACGAGUUUUUCCUGCUACAUUAGUGAGAGAAGCGAGAAACGCGAAGCAUUUCUUUUUUUAUUCGUGGCAUUUCUUCUUUGUUUUUAUUUUCAGAAGUAUUUAUUUUUCAUAUUUGCAAUUUAAGGAAAGAAAACAACACAAAAUUCGUUUAUUAAUUUAGGGAUCUAUAAAUAUAUUUAGAACUUGUAUGUAUGUAGGCGAACUUGCUGGUUAAAGUAAAAACAAAACGUAAAGCGAGGAGACUCUUAGUUCUCCUCAUAGCAAAAACAAA